GAAGAAAUGGGAGCCCGCCAGGGGGCGCUGCGACCACGCUCAGGCUCCCGAGCCCCCUAGGGCCGCACGAGCCGGACGCAGAAGACGGAGUCAACGCACGUUUUGCUGCGGACUGGGCUUAUUAGGCGGGAAAAGCGGCCUCUCGAUUGGUCCGCCACGUCCUCGUGCCCUGGGCGUUAACCGCUUGGGUGGGACCUGACAAAGGCUAGCGCGUGCGCAGAGCGCAGAACGCAGUGGCGCCGGAGAAGCUGUCGUCGUUCUUCGCGAGGCCGUCUGCUUCCCAGGCAUCUUGGUUGGAAUAAAUUGGACACUUUUUUGAAGAAAAAUGGCCACUGCUCAGAUGCAGAGGAAUUGUAUGAGUGCAGUGAUAUUUCCCAAUAAGAUUUCAACUGAGCAACAAUCUUUGGUAUUGGUGAAGAGACUCCUAGCUGUUUCUGUAUCCUGCAUAACAUACUUGCGAGGAAUAUUUCCAGAAUGUGCCUAUGGAACAAGAUAUUUAGAUGAUCUUUGUGUCAAAAUUCUGAGAGAAGACAAAAAUUGUCCAGGAGCGACUCAGCUAGUGAAAUGGAUGCUAGGAUGCUAUGAUGCUUUGCAAAAAAAAUAUCUAAGGAUGGUUGUUCUGGCUGUGUACAGCAAUCCAGAAGACCCUCAGACAAUUUCAGAAUGUUAUCAGUUUAAAUUCAAGUAUACCAGCAGUGGACCAAUUAUGGAUUUCACAAGUAAAAACAAAGGCAGUAAUGCCAGCCUCUCAUCUUCUGACACAAAGAAAGCAAGUAUUCUCUUAAUUCGCAAGAUUUACAUUCUGAUGCAGAAUAUGGGACCUUUACCUAAUGAUGUCUGUCUGACAAUGAAACUUUUUUACUACGAUGAAGUUACACCAUCAGAUUACCAACCUCCUGGUUUCAGGGAAGGUAACUGUGAAGGAGUAAUAUUUGAUGGAGAACCCAUGUACCUAAAUGUGGGGGAAGUUCCAACACCUUUUCAUACCCUGAAAGUGAAGGUAACAACUGAGAAAGACCGAAUGGAGAACAUAGAUAAAGCCAUACUAACACAGAAACAAUUAAAAACCCCACUACAGAAAAUCCUGAUGGACAGAGAAGAUCUAGAAGCACAGGAAGAGUUCAUGAAUGAAGAUUUUGUCACUAGUGAUAAAAUGAGAGAGCAGGAAAAAACUCGUGAGCCUUUAGAAUUCGAAGAAUUAAGUUUAGCUUGUGAAGAAGAUGAGAUUAUGAGGUCUGAAGAAAGUCCAGAUCAUUCUAUCUCUCCUUCUCAGGUUGAACAGUUGAUCAGUAAGACAUCAGAACUUGAUGUGUCUGAAAGCAGAACAAGAAGUGGGAAGAUUUUCCAGAGCAACACUAUUUAUGGAAAUCAGUCAGUGAAGACUUCUAGAGAAAAUAAGAAGAGGAAUAGAUCUGAAUCAGGGAGAAAGGUCCUCCAAUCCUUUGAACAUUCCAGUGAUCAAGACUCAGUGCCAAAAAGGAGAAAAUUUAGUGAAUCAAAGACUUUCAUAUAGAAAUAAUUUUUAUGAUUAUUUGUAAAAGUUUUCUUAACAUCACUAUCUAAACUAAAUAAUAACAAUGAUAUUACAGAGCAAUAAUAUAUUUUAAGGUUGUAUCUCUUCCUCCCCAUUUCUACCCCCAAACCCCAGAAACCUGGAAUUACACAUUUCAGAAUUGACUAUGGCUUAAAAUAUUAUGCAGUAAAAACCAAAUUUUGAUCUACUCUGAAAAAAUUUAGAGGUUAGUCUAUGGUGUCAAAGGCAAAUAAAAUUGUCAGAAGUCUAGUACCUCAUUUGCCAGUUAGCCCUGACCUAUAUUUGGUAGACCAUUCAUUUAGAAAUAUUAAUUUUAAUUUACUUUAAUACAGUGAAUUUUUGAAAUAAUACAUAUUGAGGUAUUAACAUUUGGUGCAUUCACAAUUAUAUGUCUGUAUUAAUUUGUUUGACCGUUAUCAUAUAAAUUGUGACUGUCAUUUUGUUCUUCAGUACUAUUUAGUGUUAAAAUGAUGAUCUAUAAUUUAUUGCAGAUAUUUUAAAAUAUUUUUUACAAAUUUAAUGCAGCAAGAUUUUACUAUAACAUUUUUAUUUUUUUAAUGAGUUUUUAUUGAUAUUUUCUGUUUCUUACAUCACCAUAGUAUCCCUAUGGAUCCUUUUCCUCCCUCUCCCAGAGAGCCUCCCUUAUGACAAAUAGUAUGUUUUAGAGCAGAAAAGUAAAGUCAGUACAUUUAAAAAGUCUGAAAACAUGUGGACCUCCCAUCUCCACAAAGAGGUAGGUUGGGAGAACCUUCUCGUAGUUCUUAAUUUGAGUUCUGUUUGAUCUUAAUAAUUUUGUUACAUUUACUUUUGAUUUUUGGUGUCAUUUUUUCCAUUUAUACAAUGUUGUAUAUAUUGUUUUCUUGGCUCUGCGUAUUUCACUCUGCAUCAGUUCAUGGAGAUCUUUCCAUGCUUCUCUGUAUUCAUCACACAUAGUUUCUAACAAGACAGUAAGAUUUCACUACAUUUAUGCACCACAGUUUGUUUAGUCAUUCCCCAGUUCUUGUUUUCAACUCUUAGUUCUCACAAAAAGUGCUACCAUAAAUAUUUUGGAGUAUAUGGGGAUUUUCUUCUACUAGAUGGCUUUCUUGGGGUAUAACCUGAUAAUGGAGUUAUGGACGAGUUAUGGACUUUUUAUUUACAUAAUUCCAAAUUGCUUUACAAAAUGGUUGUAUCUUUUCAUAGCUCCACUAACAAACUAUUAGUAUGUCUAUAUACAACCCUUUCAAUAUUGCCGUUUAUUAUCAUUUCUGUUAAUUUUCAGGACAUAUGAUGAAACCUCAGGGUUGUUUUGAUUUGGUUUUAUUAAAUUUAUUAAAUUACUAAUUUGAAGCAUUGUAUAGCAUUUUCAACAACAAAUAAAACAUUUACUGUGUUGUA